UUCUCUUGAGGCAUUGGGCAACUGGGAACCAACGUAGGCCAGCAAGGAGAGCAGUUUUAGAUGAGCAUAACACAUUGCGUGAUAGGAUGCUCUCAGCAGAGUUUCGGAUGUGCUGAAGUUUAAGCAGAAAGGAAGAUGGGAGGCUGGAUGCCUUGUUGGCCGACCUAGAAUCGACAACUUCACAUAUUUCAAAAAGGCCCAUUUUCAUCCCGGAGGAGACUCCAUACUCCUACCCAACAGGAAGCCAUAUAUGCCAGGAAGUAUCUGUGCCCCCACCAGUGCCACCUCCUCCCUCUGCUGAUGCUCUGAAUGGAGUAAUCAUUGACACAGUUGAACAGUGGCAGUCUCCUGUUCCAAGAUAUCAACAGCAACAGGGUUACCAAGAGGAGAUCUCCCCUUCUACUGGAGUGGCCAACUCUCCCAAGCAGACCUACCCGUCAAAUGUGAAAGGCAGCUCCUCUCUCACACGAGACUCUGUUAGUCCACCUGCUCCACGUUCCUCCGAGGAAGACCACGUUUACAGCUUCCCCAAUAAGACAAAGUCCACAGAAUCUUCACCGAUUGUCAUGACCUCUUCACUUGGCAGCAACCUUUCAGAACUGGAUCGUCUUCUGCUGGAACUGAAUGUAGUGCAACACAACUCACCCAGCAGCUUUGCAACAGAGGAAUCCAGCCGCACCCCCCAUCCUGCUCCAGUGGCUGGCUCUCAAUACACUGGUCAGGAAAAUGGAACUCAAAUGGGGAAGAAAAUACCUCCCCCAACAAAAGAAAAACCCAAGAGAAAUGGGGGCCGAGGAAUUGAGGAUGUUCGACCUAGCGUGGAAAGCUUAUUAGAUGAGCUGGAGAGCUCAGUUCCUAGUCCAAGUCCUGCAACAGCUGUGUCUCCAGUGGAAGGGCCAGCCUCUCAGCGUGACACCCCUAGCCAGCAGCAGGCACGCAUUUCUGCAUCCUCAGCAACUCGUGAGCUCGAUGAGUUGAUGGAAUCCCUCUCUGUAUUCAAUAUGAAAUCUCUUAUUAAGAGGACAAAGCAUUCUUCGAACGUACACCCGAUGUACCAAGAGGACUUCCAACGUCGCAAAUUUGGGCCUGUCAUAUUUAAUAAAAACGUGUCUCAGGAUAGGCUAAUUGAGGAGCUGCAUGGUAGACUGGGGAUCGAAAAGAAGGAGCCCAAGAAUAGAAAAGUGGAUGACUGGCUCACAGAGGGGUUGGUCAUCACUUCAAAACCUGUCAGGAAACAUGAGGAGGGAACUCACGUGGUUGAGAAGAUGAUGACACAGUCUGGGUCUAAAGGAAAGCAUGGUGGCUCCUCCACUGUAGCAGGUCCUCAAAAAGCUGGAAGCCAACUGGAUAACAUGCUGGAUGAAUUGCAUGUUGGGCUGAAUAAGCUGGGCGUUGCGACUGUUGCAAAAGGAGUGUGUGCUGCAUGCAAGAAGCCUAUUGCUGGACAGGUUGUCACUGCGAUGGGCCGUACCUGGCACCCGGAGCACUUUGUUUGUACCCAUUGUCAAGAGGAGAUUGGUUCCCGGAAUUUCUUCGAGCGAGAUGGGCAGCCAUACUGUGAGAAAGACUACCACAAUCUAUUCUCCCCCCGCUGUUAUUACUGCAAUGGACCCAUUCUGGAUAAAGUAGUGACAGCACUGGAUAAAACUUGGCAUCCUGAACACUUCUUCUGUGCCCAGUGUGGAGCCUUCUUUGGACCAGAUGGAUUCCAUGAAAAAGAUGGGAAGGCCUAUUGUCGUAAAGAUUACUUUGAUAUGUUUGCCCCGAAGUGCGGUGGUUGUGCACGGGCUAUUCUGGAAAACUACAUCUCAGCCCUCAAUUCACUAUGGCACCCAGAGUGCUUUGUCUGCCGGGAAUGUUUCACCCCAUUCAUAAAUGGCAGUUUUUUCGAACAUGAGGGGCAGCCAUACUGUGAGAUGCAUUAUCACGAGCGUCGCAACUCACUUUGCUCUGGAUGCCAGAAGCCUAUUACAGGGCGUUGUAUCACCGCCAUGGGGAAGAAGUUCCACCCAGAGCAUUUUGUCUGUGCUUUCUGCCUGAAACAGCUCAACAAAGGCACCUUCAAGGAGCAGAAUGACAAACCCUACUGUCACAACUGCUUUGUUAAGCUCUUCUGUUAGAUCCAUCCCACCAACCACUUGUUCAGUUCAAUCAUUCCUGCAAUUCCAUAAAUUCACACUCUCGCACAUGCCAAUGGAACAGCCAACUCCAGCUUUUAGGGGUAAUACAGAUCAUGGACUGAACUAACACUUACUUUAUACAUAAAUCACCUUUACAAAGACUGAGAAAAAGAAAGUCCUCUUAAUGAGGUGGUAAGAGUGCCAUAAUGCGCCCCCCCCCCCCAAAAAAUCCCUGCAACCCCCCAACCAAGAUGUUAAACUCCAAGCCAAUUGCCUUCUGUAGUAGACUUGUUGAAGAGUUGACAGAUCCAGUGACUGGAAUCCAUCAUCGGCAAGAGAACAUAAAUUGCAAUGAAGAAAGACCAUUGACCUUCAUCCAGCUCAGCUCUUACUAGAUUAUUUUUCAAGAACUGCAUUGACCAUUCUAACCUCACAACAUCACUGACAGCAACACAGUAAAUGUCACGCAGGUGGUUUUGUGUAGUAAAGUUAAACUGAACACUGAGUACCAUAACCGUAAUUGAACAACCCCUGAAGGACUCUGUAAAACCAAUUACACCGAAACAAUCCCAAAAUGAACCCAGUUAAACUGGAAGCAAGUCUCUAGAAACUACAUGAAAUGUGGAUGAAGGCGCUGGAAAGCAGAGGUAUCUUUUGAGAAAGUUCACUUUGUUGUACACCAGUGUCUCCAUGAUGUCAGUAAUGCCUUUGACUGUAACUGAAGCAAUAAUAUUUCUCAGCGAUGGCCACAAUCGCACUAUCCUGUGUAGUUGCAUAGGAGAGUCUCCUUCUGUAGAUGUAUUUGAUAGAAACUUUACAGUACCGUACCUUUUUAUCCUCUGGGUUCAGUUUUCAAAAAGAUCUUGUAAUUCUGAACUUUCAUGUCAGAGCUUUGUGAUUUUAAGAACAUGGCAACCACUUUUGUAAACCACACAUCUGAUGUGUAGAUGAUAAUGCAUUACAGAAGUGGCAAUUUUUGUGCUUUCUUACAAUACUAAUGACUGAUUCUUAAGUGGAAAACCCAAAGGACUGUUAGACAGGACAUUGCCUAUUCAAUUUUAUAGCACAAAAAUGGUUUUAGUCUUUUAGGCAUGUCCUAACCUAAUAUCCGUGAACAAAACAUUUUGCAUUUGUGAGCCUGCUGUAUUUUUAUCAUGUUCCUCCAUUGCCUAAUUUGCCAAUAAUUUAUCUUUUUAUGAAAAGUCUUAAUUCCUGCUGUGGAGCUUUUUUUGGGUCUUCCCUGAAAAUGUGUUGUAAUAUUUUGUCUUUCAUCUUAUGAAUGAUUCAAUUUUUAAAAACAAUGGUAACAUCAGAGGUUAUAGCAUUGUAGUGCCAUUUAGUAGGUCACAAUCAAUUCAAUUGAAGCCUAAUUAACCCAUUGUUUACAGUGCAUUGAAUUCAAUCUGCCAUUAAACCAAAGGGAAUCACUUGAGAAUGAAAGAAACUGUUCUAAGGAAAUAGUCCUGAUUCCUGCCUCUGAUCACUGAUAAUUUACCUGUGUUUAACUAUAUCUUUGUACGUCCUUUAAUUAUGGCUUGCACAUAUAAUCUCAUGGUUUUUUUUGCCAAUAAAAGUUGCUUUUCACUUUA